AUGACUGAAGUCGCACAAGACAAAGCCAAUGGAGGUCCUUCCCAGGUUAUGACGUCCAAGGCUACCGAAGCAGAAUCCGACAACAAUAGAGUGAAGCAUGCGCCGAAGAGCGGUUCGCCGCAGAAGCGUGUGUCUGUCGGGAACGAGGAAGGAAGUACUGGAAGCCCCAACAAGAAGCGGAGGAAGCACAUGACUUGCGAUCUCGAACGACCCUGCACACGCUGCAUCAAGCGAAACAUCGGCCAUCUCUGCCAUGACGAGCCCCGAGAACCAGUCAAGAAACAGAGGACCGAAACUGAAAGCGCUGCUGGGGAUGACGAGGGGACCUCCAAGGUUGAACGAUCGGACGAUGACUUCGAUCCGCACGCCAGGACCCAAGAUGCAAGCCUUAUCCUUGCGCCGCCCCCUCUGCCUCACCAUAGGGCGGGCAGCUCAGGGCACAUUGUUCAACCGACUCCAAUAUCUGCGCUUCAGGUCUCACCGCUGACAUCCAAUGAAUCGCAAUAUCUGGAUUACAAUGACUGGAACCUUGGAGCACAGAACCACUUCCAGGACAUGCACACCUUUCAUCCGUCCUAUAUGUUUAAUACCUCUGAAGUUACCAACGAGUUCAACCUGCUCAAUGACUUCCUCAGUAACAGCCUGCUUGAUGAUGGCGUUCUCUACCCUAGCGCUGAUAUGCAGAACCUCUAUACAGACCCUACAUACGCGAACACUAUGGACGGGCCCCCCAUGAACAGCAAUAACAACAGCAGCAUAGGCCAGGCCAUCAGCCAGCAUAACAAAGACCCACUGCCGCCAUCGCAAGCGGCCGUGGGGAAUGCUAUCUCGCGCCCAGCAAGUGGCUUCCCCAAUGACAAGGCGCGUGAAACCUUCUACCUGACCGCCGCCGACCCUGCGGGAAAUGACACGCCCGAGGAACGGAUGAACAAGCUCCUGAAAGCCAAGUAUGAUGCCGGAAUGCUCAAGCCGUUCAACUACGUCAAGGGCUACGCACGAUUGAAUCAGUACAUGGAACGGAAUAUGCAACCCGUCUCAAGACAAAGGAUUCUGCGACAACUGGACAAAUUCAGACCAAAGUUCCGAGAACGCAUGCAAUCGCUCACAGAUAUCGAACUUGUGCGGGUUGAGAUGUGGUUCGAGCGGAGCUUGAUGGAGUAUGACCGCGUGUUCGCGAGUAUGGCCAUUCCAGCGUGCUGCUGGAGGAGAACCGGGGAAAUAGUCCGUGGCAACAAGGAGAUGGCUGAGCUGAUACAUGUGCCGAUAGAAAAGCUGCGAGACGGCAAACUUGCGAUCCACGAGAUAAUGGCCGAAGGCUCGCUUGUAAGCUAUUGGGAAAAGUUCGGCGCGAUCGCUUUCGAUAGCUCGCAAAAGGCCCUUUUGACAAGCUGCGCACUGAAGAACCCGGACUCCAAGUCUAAAGAUCCAGAACUACGCUGUUGCUUUUCUUUCACUAUUCGUCGCGAUACCCAUAACAUUCCGUCUCUGAUUGUCGGGAACUUCCUGCCUAUAUUGCCUGCAAAGCGGACAUAG